GUGCAGAGCACAAGUCUGGGAAUACCAGCCAGCCACGCUGCCCAUACCCUGGCCCUCCUCAAGAGUUGAGGUUCCUCCGUACCCACCAGACACCUGUCGUGGUUAAUACACACUUAGGAGUUGUACCUUCAAGGGCUUCAUUCGAUUCCAGAGAUUCUGAGUAUCGGGAAAUAAUACUCAUUGCCUUUGGAAAUCUUUUGGACUUAUAUAUUGUGAGCCACUGACUGGAAGUGUAAUACCCAGAGUUGAAGAGUGUGGAGGGCGGGGGUGGGCGCCAGUGAGCGUGGCUGUGGGCGUGGGCGGUGAGAGAGGGAGAUCAAACACCUCUCAAUACUUGAGAAUUGGCUUUUGGGGCCUGGGUCUCAAGAUGGUCCGCAAUGUCCUCGUAUUUCCCUGGAGACUAAAGUGGGACCACUUGCACAUAGUAGCCGAGGGUGGGACUACGUGCUCGUAGGUCCCAAGGUCAGGGCUGCGUAUUGCAUUAAGCUAAAACAUAACUACAUGCGCCGAAGCAAAAGGAAAACGCCUCAAAAAGUAGUAUUUUUUUGUGUGUGUGUGUGUCUUGUUAGCCGCAGAUAUUUUCGGCGCCGAACAGUCAAAGAUUCCUUGUCCCCGGAAGAUGUGACAAUUUUAAUCAUAAUACUAGCAAAAUUCAAAAUAAUGUGGAAAUUUACCAUUGUAUGGCAAAGAAAUCGUAAAUUGCACUAUUGGCAUUAAUACCGCAAAACAAUGUUUCUGGAAAUCGAAAUAAAAGAGAGAAGGAGAAGGAGAGACAAGAAGUCGGCCAUUUUGGAGCUUGCUGAAGGCGAGGAUAAUGUUCGGAUGAGGUUCGAUAAGAGACCAGAGUUUGAGAUCCCGGAGUUGCGGAUCUUGAAGAGGACACCUCGCUUAAAGAGAAAGACUGAUGGGAGCGCCAGCUUCCUGAGGGCGGCGAGGGCAGGAAACUUGGAGAAGGUGCUCGAGUUCCUCAAGACCAACACUGACAUCAAUACUUGCAACGCUAAUGGGUUGAAUGCUCUGCAUCUGGCAAGCAAGGAGGGCCAUGUGAACGUUGUGAGAGAGUUAUUACAGCGUGGUGCCAAUGUUGAUGCUGCCACAAAGAAGGGCAAUACUGCUCUACACAUUGCUUCCCUUGCUGGUCAGGAGGAGAUUGUAAAGGUCCUUGUACAGCAUCAGGCACUGGUGAACAUUCAGUCUCAGAAUGGAUUCACUCCACUCUACAUGGCUGCACAGGAGAAUCAUGACUCAGUCGUGCGAUUCCUGUUGGCCAACAAUGCUAACCAGAGCCUUGCUACAGAAGAUGGGUUCACCCCAUUGGCAGUUGCUCUUCAGCAGGGACACGACAAAGUUGUGGCAGUCUUGCUGGAAAACGACACACGAGGCAAGGUGCGCCUCCCUGCUCUUCACAUUGCUGCUAAAAAGGACGACACUAAAGCUGCAGCAUUACUUCUUCAUACUGACCACAACCCUGAUGUCACCUCCAAAUCAGGGUUCACACCACUGCACAUUGCUGCUCACUAUGGCAACGAAAAUAUUGCUAACCUCUUGAUUCAGCGUGGGGCUGAUGUCAACUACAUAGCUAAGCACCAAAUUACACCCCUGCAUGUUGCAUCCAAGUGGGGUAAAGGAAAUAUGGUAUCGCUGCUGAUAGACAAAGGUGCUAACUAUGAGGCUAAGACCAGAGAUGGGCUGACACCUCUUCACUGUGCUGCAAGAUCAGGACACGAGACUGUUGUUGAUAUGCUGCUAGAAAAGGGUGCACCAAUUACGAGUAAGACCAAGAAUGGGUUGGCUCCUCUUCACAUGUCUUCACAGGGUGACCAUGUUGAUGCUGCACGCAUCCUUCUUUACCAUAAAGCUCCUGUUGAUGAUGUUACAGUAGAUUUUCUUACUGCUCUUCAUGUUGCUGCUCACUGUGGACAUGUGCGAGUGGCAAAAUUGCUACUUGAUCGUAAAGCAGAUCCAAAUUCUCGUGCUCUUAAUGGUUUCACACCUCUGCAUAUUGCAUGUAAGAAGAACCGUAUUAAGGUGGUGGAAUUGCUUCUCAAACACGGUGCUAGCAUUGAGGCUACUACAGAGUCAGGUUUGACCCCUCUUCAUGUAGCAUCCUUUAUGGGCUGCAUGAACAUUGUGAUCUACCUUAUUCAACAUGGAGCCUCUGCUGAUGUGCCUACUGUGAGAGGAGAGACACCACUACACCUGGCUGCCAGAGCAAACCAGACAGACAUCAUCCGCAUCCUCUUAAGAAAUGGUGCUCAAGUGGAUGCUAGAGCUAGAGAACAGCAAACUGCCUUGCAUAUUGCUUCUCGCCUUGGCAACAGUGAUAUUGUAGUGUUGCUACUGCAACAUGGAGCUGCAGUUGAUGCUACUACUAAGGACCAUUACACUGCAUUACAUAUUGCUGCCAAGGAAGGCCAAGAGGAAGUGGCUAGUGUCCUACUAGAACAUGGUGCUUCCCUUGCUUCAACAACAAAGAAAGGAUUUACACCUCUACACUUGGCAGCAAAAUAUGGUAACAUGAAGGUUGCUCGACUGCUGCUUCAGAAGGAUGCCCCUGUUGAUGCUCAGGGCAAAAAUGGUGUUACCCCACUUCACGUUGCAGCUCAUUAUGACCACCAGAAUGUGGCAUUGCUACUGUUGGAUAAAGGUGCCUCUCCUCAUGCAACAGCAAAGAAUGGAUACACCCCUCUUCACAUUGCUGCUCGUAAAAACCAAAUGGAUAUCGCUACAACCCUUCUCGAGUAUGGAGCUAGUUCCAAUGCAGAAUCCAAGGCAGGAUUCACACCUCUUCAUCUGAGCUCACAGGAGGGACAUACAGACAUGGCAACACUGCUGAUUGAACACAAUGCUGCACCAGGCGCUUGUGCUAAAAAUGGUUUGACGCCACUACAUUUGUGUGCGCAGGAGGAUCGUGUCAAUGUUGCUGCCAUUUUAGUCAAGCACGGUGCCCAGAUUGAUCCAUCAACAAAAGCUGGCUACACACCACUUCAUGUUGCCUGUCAUUUUGGCCAGAUGAAUAUGGUGCGCUUCUUAUUACAACACGGAGUUAAGGUUGACUCCACUACUCAGCUUGGGUAUACUCCACUCCACCAGGCAGCUCAGCAGGGUCACACUCAGAUUGUUAACCUUCUUCUAGAGAACAAGGCUGAACCCAACACAGAAACUAACGACGGCAAGACGGCACUCAGCAUUGCUCAACGUCUCGGCUACAUCUCUGUAGUCGAGACGUUAAAAGUUGUAACAGAAACAACCAUAAACACAACUACAACAACAGUUACUGAGGAGAAGUACAAGGUGGUGGUUCCAGAAACUAUGCAUGAAACCUUCAUGAGCGAGUCUGAGGAUGAAGGAGGUGACGACAAUCUGGUCUCCUCCAUGUUUGGUAAGCAGCAGCACGUCACGCUCCCGUUCUAUGAAGGACAGUUACGCUACACCAGUGAUGACACAAUGCUAGGUGACCAGUCUUACCGCUACCUCACCGUGGAUGAGAUGAAGUCCCUUGGUGAUGAUUCUCUUCCCAUUGAUGUCACCAAGGAUGAGAAGAUGGAUAUAUCUUUCAUCAGCAAUUCUAUGGCAGCUCCUCCAGUUGCUCCAGCUGAUCAGCUUAGCCCACAGCAUCAGAAAGAGCAGCAGUAUGCCCAGUUCACUGGGCAUUAUCCAUCAGACAAUGUUGAUGUUGCCAAAACAACAAUUCUUGCUGGGCCGGAAUCUCUGAGCACCACUCUCAACACAACCAUAGACUCAGCAAUGAUUGAGUCUCAAAUUGAGUCUCAGAUCAUCCAGACCAAGCUGGCUCCACAGUUGUCUGCCCAAAUGGCCCAGGAAUCAGUGCAGCACCCCCCAGUGCAGCAAAUAUUGGUUCAUAACGACACAGAUCAGGCAUCCAAGGGUCAAGUCACAUCGGGCCAGGUCACUUCUGUAACUGAGAAGUCUCCAGAAAGUCUCAAUGGGUGGGAAGGAUUCCUGGUAAGCUUCAUGGUUGACGCUCGAGGGGGUGCAAUGCGUGGCUGCAGGCAUUCUGGUGUGCGAGUCAUCAUUCCUCCCCGAAAGGCUGCCAUGCCCAUGAGAGUUACUUGCCGUUACCUGAAAAAGGAUAAACUUGUUCAUGCCCCACCUCUUAUGGAGGGAGAGGCUCUCGCUUCAAGGAUCCUUGAGAUGGGGCCUGCUGGUGCCAAGUUCUUAGGCCCGGUGAUUAUUGAAGUGCCGCACUUUGCUUCUUUGCGAGGCAAAGAGCGUGAGAUAGUGAUCCUUCGCUCAGAUAAUGGAGAAACCUGGCGAGAACAUACACUUGAGGCAACAGAGGAAGCUGUUCAAGAGGUUCUUAACGAGAGCUUUGAUGGAGAGGAGUUGAAACAACUGGAGGACUUGAAUACCAACCGCAUCACACGCAUUUUGACCACCGACUUCCCACAGUACUUUGCAAUUGUUACACGCAUCAGGCAGGAGGUACAUGCAAUUGGUCCUGAGGGAGGUAUGGUGUCAUCGACAGUGGUGCCUCAGGUCCAGGCGGUGUUCCCUCAGGGAGCUCUGACAAAGAAGAUCAAAGUGGGACUCCAGGUAAACCUCUUCAAGCCACGCAAAAACCACACAGGACCCAUGAAAAAGAUUAGCGUCAAUAAUAUUCCCAAGAAGAAGCGUUUUAGUCUUAUUUGGUGAAGUAGUUAACAUUGUCAGGGUUCAGAAGAAAUUCAGGGCAAAGUUAGCAUAUUUUGAUUCCCUUUAAAAUAUUUGCAUUUCUGCAGUUGCUUGUCAUUGCUAUGCAUAUACUUAUAAUGUUCUCUGAAUUUUAGUUUUCAAUCAUUUAGACUACUACAAAUAUUGUUAUAAUACUAUCGAGGUAAAUAUUAAUCGGGAGUAGCAUAUUGAUUGGUUAAGGAGAUAGUUGGCUGAAGAAGUUUCUUAUGCCUAUUGCCAAAUUAAAUUCAAGUGUAAUAGUUUCACAUAUAAACACAAUCAUAUAAAUCUAGUUAUUACUAAAGAAAUUUUUCUUAGAGACAUUAUACUGCAACUCAGGAAGCUUAUGUAAAUACUUAGGCAUUUUAUUACUUUUAUGCCAUAUUUGUAGUUCACUCGAAGUAGUGUAUUAAGGUCAUAAUUAAAGGGUUGGAU